AUGAGCACGGCGCAGUCAGAGCUCGCGGACCCGCCACAAGAUGGGAUAUCAGCCAUUCAGUUUGCUCCCUCCCACAAUUUACUGCUGGUCUCUUCGUGGAAUACCGAAGUAAGGAUGUAUGAUGUGGUGCAGAAUGCCAAACGUGCACAAUACAAUCAUCAGGCAGCAGCACUGGACUGUUGCUGGGGCACAGACCAAAAUCGAUGUUUUUCAGGGGGUGUGGACAAAUGUGUCAAGACAUACGAUUUCGCAUCAGAAACAGAAUCUGUGUUGGGGAACCAUGACAAGGCAGUCAAGGCUGUAUGUUGGCAAAAGGAGUUGGGGUGUUGCGUUUCUGGUAGUUGGGACAAACAAUUACGAGUGUGGGAUCUCCGCCAGACUGCUUGCGUUAAUACUACACUCUUGCCAGACAAGGUAACGAUCUUCUCCCUGCUUUUCCAUCAUAUUGUAGUCGGAACAGCUUCGAGGCACGUGUGGAUCUACGACGUUCGCAACCUCUCAGAACCCGAACAGAAGGCAGAAUCUUCCCUCAAAUUUCAAACGCGCUGCAUUCGAUGCUAUCCUGAUGGUACAGGGUAUGCCUUGAGCUCGAUCGAGGGUCGUGUUGCCAUGGAGUACUUCGACCCAGACGCUGCAUCUCAGGCCAAGAAAUAUGCUUUCAAAUGUCAUCGUGCGCAGGAUGAAAAAGGGAUCGACACAGUGUAUCCCGUCAAUGCUCUUGCAUUUCAUCCAACCUAUGGAACGUUCGCAACGGGUGGCUGUGACGGCAAGGUGAUCAUGUGGGAUGGUCAGAACAAGAAGAGGCUCCAGGCACCCUGGUCAUAUCCAACAAGCAUCGCUUCCCUGGCCUUCAACCCUACAGGCGCUAUGCUUGCCGUUGCGUCAUCCUACACCUUCGAGGAAGGAGAGAAGGAUGCUCCGCCGGAUCAGAUCUUCUUCCGUUCAGUGAACGAGUCAGAUGUUCGUCCUCGUGCCAAACAGGCGCAGUGA